GAAUCGACCUUAGCUUGAGUACAUAUCGUAUUCAGAGUUUGAAUUCAUACCUCUGAUUACUGUUGUUAUUUGAAUAAAUUAAUAAAACGUUCAAGAAUUUUUCCGAUUGGAUUACAUUGAACACUGUUCAAGUUCAUUUGGUUGUUCAUGUCUCGGGUUAUUUGAUCGGGUCUCCGCGCUCGGCGUUUUGACAAGUGCUCGUUUAUUUGGCCAGCCAUUUUGUAUUUGUAUUCACUAAGAACUGUGACAGACAGAAAGUACGCGGAUAAACCAUUUUCGUGUUUAUUAUUCAUUGUUUUGGCGGAAAAGUGAAUAAGAACUUGUGUAAUAUACUGUAAUUACCGUUGUGAAUUGGACUGAUAUUAGUUUUAUGCCGGGUUAUCGGGCCUGACGCAAACUUAAGCGUUUCAAGUGUGGGAUGUGAUUUAACGCGUCUUUUUGGAGAAAUCUUGUAGAAUUUACAUUUAUUAGAAGAAUCUAUUCCUAAAUUGUGGUUGAGUGGACGAUGCACGUAAAUCAUGGCUACAAAGUUAGAACCUGAUUACCCGUUACCUUCCACAAACAAUGAUUCAGAUGGGGAGGAACAAGAAGAUUCAAUAGAAGAUCCCGACCCAGAUCAAGAGGAAGAAGACCCGCCUCCUCAACCCUCAAAUGUCCAGACUCUUCUGGCAAAGCUUCAGUCCUCUGGAGCUCUUAUAAAAAAACCUGUUAAGCAGGAAUACCGGUGUUUCACGUGCGAAGAGGAUUACCCUGACUGGGAAACGCUAGAGAACCAUCUGAUUCAGCACGUCUCCCUACCGUCCAUCGUACUCGACAAGCUGCCGUCCGACGAUGAAUAUGGCCCCUCCGGCGACGAGUGGUCCGACGAGGACCAGCCCUCCCCACCACCAAAACAGGAACUCCAGAAAACGCCACAAAAAAUAGAAAUAUCACAACUCCUCAAAAAUACCGGCAUCUCCAUCAAAAAGUCCGGAGAAAACACUUCCAGCACCAAUUCUGAAUCCGCAUUAAGCAAACUGAGCGGCCUCGGAUUUACUAUUAAAAAGAACACGACGCCGAUAAAAGAGGAAAAACCAGAUCCUCCAUCUACUGAUGACGUUAUGCAAAAGCUGGGCAGUCUCGGAGGCAUCAAGCUUAAAUUGAAAUCUGAUGGCAACGCAAACUCAUUUAAAGUCGUAAACGGCCUUAAAGAUUUUAAAACUUCUGAUGACGAAGGCCAAGAGAGCGGGAACGAGGAUGAUAACAAAGAUGAUGCUAAAGAUUCUGACGAUCAGGAGCAGGAGCCAUCAGGGGACGAACAAGAGGACGAGAAAAGUCCCCCCGUCAACAACAACGCAUGCAAACAAAUGACAAUCAACAGCCAGGCUAAUCUUAGAAAUAAAAAAGUUAUCAACGUGACCAAAAUAAUCCCGCCUAAAACUGAGGCCAUUACGACUCCGUCUCCUGUCAAAGUUCAGCUCGCAAAACCAGUAAGACCAGCUGUUAAACAGACACCUAAAAGGGGCGCGAAUUUACCCCUCGCGGCAACGUCUGCACCUACCCAAGGGAAAGAUAUUUCUACAACUUCAACCCCUGAGCGGCGGGACUCGAAUGCGAGCCAAGCUAUCGCGGAAAAUGUCACCGUUAAGCAAGAAGUGGAGGAUACGUCGGCGCAACAAUCUACGUCUGGAACACCCUUGUUCUCAGGUCAAAUUAAGUCUGAAAGAGACUCGCCGCCUCCUCCGGGAGGAAAUAAAGCUCCACCGCUUGAAAGCACCCCUAUUAUAGCUAGAAUCAAAUCCGAACCCGACGCGGGCCCCGCUGCCGCUCACUGCUCAGCCUCCACGGCAUUCAGUCGAGCGGAAACUCCCCUCCUCCCCGUAACCAAGAAGGAGGAUACCGGCGUAACCGUAAUAGAAAUCAAUGGUGAUUCUGGCGACGAUGAUGACGACUGUUGUGUAGUAUCAGCCACGCCGGCUUCUGAUGUUAAGCCGCCUUUGAUCCCGAAAACUGAACCGGUGGGACCGCCUUCUUAUCCCCCACCAGCAUACCAUACUCCACAGUCUAGCUACAGCUCCACACCAGUCCUAGCAUCAACUUUAAGUUCUAUGGCAGGUGGGGCAUCUACCGAAAAACAGCAUUCUUUCAACUGGAACGCACCCGACACGAAACCGGCAAUCGAUAUGCUUGAAAAAAGUGCAGACGAAAUAUUCGAGAGCCUUCUCUCCAGUGCCACUAAAAAGGAACAUUCUCUGUCGGAUGCCAGUGAAUACAUAUCUUUAGACACCCUAGGUCCGCAGCACUCCUGUGACGUAUGCAAUACUAGAUUUACAAAUAUAUCGCUGCUCGACGAUCAUAUCAGAAUGACGGGUCACACGAAAAGUCUCAUCGCACCGACUUCCUCGUUGAUGCCUUACAAUCCAGGGGGAACGAAUAGUAUUUUAUCACAGUUGCUGCCGGUGAAAUGCUUGGCGGAUCAAGUCGGGAAGCUCUCCGGAAUGAACAGCGGCCCCGGAUUUACGCAUCAGCAAAACGUCAUGAUAAAUAUCCAGGCUUACCCUGGAGGAGGGAUGGUGCCACCCCAGGCAGGUUACAACGCGUAUCCCCCUGGACAGAACGUGUACCCGCCCGGUUACCAGCAAAUGCCCGGGAACAGCAUGUUCGGCAACGCCCCCGGGGCGAUGCCGGGGCAAUAUCCGGGACAACAUUACACGGGCGGAUACGGCCAGCAGUCAUCAAUGGGCUACCAAUCGCCGAUGUCGAAGGCGGGCUUCUCCCCGGGAAUGCAGCAGAACUCCUACACGACACCCUCCUCGCCCUACUCGACCGCCUCGCCGCUUCAAAACAUGCAGCAGGCGUACGGGCAGACCGCGCCCGGCAUGAUGAACCCGCCCAUGGGGCAGAUGGGGCCGCCCGGCUCCUCGCCCGGCCACCCCUACCCCGCCAACAGCCCCGGCGGCAUGAAGCCCCCGACGAGCGCCUCCAGCGGCAUCAGGAUACAGAACGUGCAGACCUUCCCGCCCGGCCAGCUCGCCCCGGGCGGGACUCCGAACACACAGAUUAGAAUGGCGGCCGGCGCCAGCGUGACGGGGGCGCGCCCUCGCAUGCCGGGCGUGCGCGGCGCGCGGCCCUCCGUGCGGCCCGGGGUGCAGGUGCACGGGCACGGCCAGGUCCGCGCCGGCAAGGGCCCGGGCCCGCGCAUGCCCAUGAAGAGGCCCGCCCCCAUGGCCGGCGGCCCCGGCCUGAAGCGCCGCCCCGACAUGCUGCUCCCGGGCAAGCACGACAACGAGGACUGCCAGGUCAUGGCGAUGCAGAAGCAGCGCGAGGGCCUCCCCAUGAUCUCGAGCGUCCAGGGAGCCAAAGACAAAUUGAAUCUCGGCAGCCAGAUCUCUAUCACCAAGAAAACUGUCAACAAGGAGGCGAACGCGAUGGCGAACGUCCUGGCGUCGCGAGGUAUCAGUAUAAAACAGAAGCAGAAGAGUCGGUCGCCGACGCCGGAGCGGCCGAUCCCGCACAUCCCCAACCUAGGCGCCGGCGUUAGUAUUAAACACACUUCUAAAUCUAGUAAUUUCUCCAUUCCCGAAGCGCAAGUCGGUUCCAACAUGCACACGUGUAAGAUCUGUAGGAAAAUGUUUUCAAAUUCGACUUCGCUGUCGACUCAUAUGGCGGCGGCCCAUCCACAGAGAGGAUUUAAAUGCGACGAGUGCCCCGCGUCUUAUCCUAAGUCGUUACAACUGCAGCACCAUAAGCGAGUGUUCCACAACGUGACCGGGCCUAAUAGGGAGCUAGGUUUGCCCGUAGUAGACCUGUCUCAGGAGGAGAACUUGCAGCGGCUAAGUAGUUUAGGUAUAUACAGUUUUAUUCCCCUAGCGAACCGCGAGCAGGCGAGCGGCUGCUUCGGCAUUCCAGUGAUAUCGGUGCACAACGUCAACAACGGCAUGACGUCGGGCCUCCAGGCGCUCGGGGCCGAUGGCCUCCUUAGUUUAGGACCUUUGAAACCCUUACCAAACACGUAAGUUAAGUAGAUAUCUCAUUUAAUUUGUUGGACUUCCUGAAAAUAUGAGUUAUAAUUUUACAAGUUAACUUUUUUAUUAUGGAAUGAUUUUUACAUCGUGAAUUGAAAUGUGUUUUGUGAUUUACAUAACAUGUGACGAUAGCUAUAUUGACAUAACAGUAAAGUAUGUAUUGUUAUAUUUAUAUAUGAAGACAGAAAAACGUGUUUCUAUUUGCGAUACUUAUAUGAAAUGCAAUACACAACAUACAAGUGUUGUACAAACUACAAAAAUAUGUUUAAAAAUUAUUUAUAGGACCAUCACGCUUACGUCUGGCAUAAAGCAUCAAAGCGUCCACGGUCCAUAGUACUAAUUGGUUCAAUGUUGUGGCUGUAGUCAAAAGGGGUACCAGUCUCGCGCAGCGCAGGUGAGAAGUUCCAUGUAACACUUGUACCCUUUAUUCACUUGAGCUGCGCGACACUUGUACCCCUGUGUCACUGGAGCCUAAAUAAUUUAUUUACCAUUUUCAAUUUGCAUACUGCAUAGUUUGGUUCGAUUUCAAAACAAAAGGUGUUUAACCAUAUUUCCUUCACUAUUGAUUUCAAAUUAGUGGCAUUUUUUUGGGUGGGCUUUAGGAGGUUAUGUCAGAACGUGCUAUAUGGUGUGAAGUUUUAAUGGACUCGUAAAAUUCUUACUCAUAUUUUAGUAUAAUGAAUGAAGUCAUUGUGUAAAUGUGACUUAAGUCAGAAUCUUUCACUAGACUUUAUAAUUGUAAGUUUAGACCUGUUAAAUUUGUCAGUAUUCUACCUUUCAGUUGGCUCAAAGCAUUAAAAACUUAGGUACUUAUCACUAAUUUUUAUUAGACAUGUGUUAUGUAUACUCAUUUUUAUAUUAUAAAACACAAACGAAACUUUAUAGGUUCUUUUGUAAUAAUGUUGUUAUAACAGUUUAUUUUAAACGUGUAUGAAAAUAAAAUAUGUACUUUAUUCAAAGUGUAAUUGUGCCGUUGUGAUGUCGAGAAUUCCCUUUUGUAUGGGAAAUAUUCUCGCUGGAGAGUAUUCCCGAUAGUAAAUUGAAAACGCUUUUGAGGACGGCACAUCUAUAGAAGUGUAAUAAUACUCGAUACAUCCCCCGAAUUAUAAAAGGAAGUUAUUACAUUGGAUUGUAUACGAAACGUACGCGUUAGUUUUAUGUAACAUGAUGAUUUCUACUAAACAUACCGUUCUUCAAACUGACUGACUAUUUAUAUAUGUUUGUAUCAAACAAUUUCGUUGUUUCUACAUGUAUGUUAAAGCCAUUACAAAAAAUGUAUAUAUUUACUUUCUAGAAAGAAAGAGUGCAUUAGUAGUUUAAUGUAUAACUCGAAAUAAAACUGGCUUGCUAGUAAAUACUGCAUCCUAUUUGUACGCAUCUGUAGGCUUAGCACGAGUACGCCGCGACAGUAUCUCGCGCGCGAGCUAAACUAGAGCAGGACCACGCUAACUGCAUGGCGUUUGCAGUGACAAAGUAUGAAAUGCCAUCAUUAAUGGCAAAUUUCUAUGAAAAUAUGAUGUUUCUAAUGACACUCCCACGCUUUUUUCUGUUAAAUUCGGUGCAAAGAUAGCUCGGACUCUAACCGUCCUUUUCCCAUUGUAUUAAUUCAAAAGGGCCAAGUAGAUAGUCUAUCGCGCGGGCGGGACACUGUCGCGGCGUACUCGUGCUUAGAUUACUGAACUGUUUUCAUAGUUUAUAUACGUAGUAAAAUAAGAACCGAGUUACAUAUUAGGCACCUAGUGUCUGUACCUAACAAUUAUAAUUAUGUUUUCUACAACAAUUCUGUAGGCCUAGCACAGGAGCGGAGCGACGGUAUCUCGCCCGCGAUAUAGUCAACUUUUCCUCACUGUAUUAAAUUAGAGAGGGACGGGUAGUAUUUCUCGCGAGCGAGAUACUGUCGCGCCGCUCCUAUGCUAGGCCUACUGCAUAAAAGUAUAAAGGAAAUUAAAAAGAGUAACCAAAAAAAGCGACCACCAUUGUUUUAGAUGGCGACAUUUAGCCCUAGGAAUAAUAGUGCAUUGCCUCCUAUUUUAACUCAAGAUGGCGUUGCGCUAUGAUUCUAGGUCUAGACCAUAGACCAAGUAGCGCCAAUCUACAAUAAUUAGGCGCUCCACAAUCUCAUUCAAAAGUCCUUAAUAGAUUGAUUCUUAUUAAUUCACUCCUUGGUAUGAGUAAGUACCUAGAUAACGGCACGGCAGUUAGGGCGAUUGCAAUCACGGAACAUAUAUUAAUAUGUGCAUCCAAUACUCUUAAAUCCUCUGAGUAAAGCGCUUAAAACUAAUACAUCUAAUAAACGUUCGCCGGGCACUAUGUAGGGAGGUCGACCGGAUUUCCUACAAGAAGUGGCUGGCGACCGUAUAGAUGUAAUAAGCGCUUUAGAGUCUAAUGUAAGAUGUAAGUAAGUAUGCUUAUAGUGUAGUAUAAGUGAACUUAUAACCGUAAUGGUUGCAAUUGCCUCGUUUAAUAAAAUUGAUAUAGCAUACUAAACUAACCUAUACAGCCCGUAAUUCCCUUGAAAUAGUUAAAAAUAAACAAUAUAUAUAACAUUAUGUGAAAAGCAACUCUAUUAUUAUGGUGUUGUACAGUUACUAUAUACUAGUACUUCCUAAGAUAUUGUCAAAAUAUUUUUAUAUACAGAGGUAGAACUUUUUAUUUACGUUAUAACUAAAAUACUUAUGAGAGACUUUAUAAUAUAAAGUUUAUAUGCAAUUAUUGACAAGAUUUGAGUUUAGUUCUGUGUGGCAUGACAGAUUAUGAUUUGAAAUUUUGAAUAUUAGGUUAAGUAAAUAAAUAGAUAUAAGAGUAGAAGUUUUGUAAUUUUGUUCUAAAAUAAAUUCCUAUAUUUAUGAAUAACGUAUACAA